GCGUUCUGCCGGCGGCGCAGGUGGCUCCCGGUUUCGUUUUGGAGCCCGGGUGCGGCCGCAUUUCCUGUCCCCCCUGCAAGCGGCGCCUCUUCUCCGCCCCCUGUAGGCUCGGGCCGGGGAGGCAGCAGCGCCAUGGCCGGCUUGGAGCUGCUCUUCCACUCGGUGGCUCCGGAGAUCGCCUGCCCGCAGGACGCCCUGGUCUGCUACCUGCACUGGACCCUCAUCGCGCACCGCUACCGCUGCCUGGGCGCCGGGGACCAGCCCGGCCACGAUGAGAAGAAGUCGGAAAUGCUUCCUGCCGGGUGGAAUGCCGACAAAGACCUUUACACUUUGCGCUACGUAGCAAAAGAUGACGCACACGAGCUCCUGGUGAAAGGCAUCAUGAUGGACGGGAGCAUGAUCUUCAACGUCCUGAAUCCCAAGACGAAGCAAGUGGGAGACUUAACUGUGAAAGUGACCGACUAUGUAAACCCAGAACACUUGGGGGCGUUCGACAAGGUGUAUAAGAACACGGAAGAUCUGCAGUCACAGGUGGUUCAUCACAUCCUCUCCCUGUUCGACACGACCAGAGAGCGGGCUGACACCAAGGAAGUGCCCAGGCGUGAGAAGAACCCCUCUCCCCCCAACCCCCCCGAUCACGACCCCCUGUGGAUCCCACCUCGGCACCCACAUGGAAGCCAGCAGCCCCACUGGCCGGACCCUCUGGGGCCCUUUGCUGUCGGUGGAGAAGAUCUGGACCCCCUUGGGGGCCGAAGAGGAGGGAUGAUCUCCGACCCGCUCCGAUCAGGAUUUCCAAACCCUGUCAUCGACCCUUCCUCCGGACUCCCCCACAGACUUCCUCACGGAGCUGUCCCCCCUGGGGCCAGAUUUGAUCCUUUUGGACCCCCCGGGGCUGGCCGUGCCGGGCCGAACCCUGACCACCUUCCACCUCCGAACUACGACGACAUGUUUAUGUGAGGAUGGCCGAAGAUCCUCCCCGCCUUUUGGGGGCGCUGCGAUCGCUUCUUUGCUCCCCGCCACCCAACCGCUCCGGGCGAAGAGGCUCCAGUUUUCUUUCCUACCUCGGGGGAAACUGUCUUCCAUUUCUCAGCGUAUCAACCAGAAGAGGAAACCGCAUGCAUAAAGAUAGACGCUCCCCAUCCUCCACCCUUGCAAGAUUUUCUUGUCAUCUUCCCUCCACCCCAGCAGUGUAGGCCUGCAAAUGCCUUUUAAACUCACCUGAGAGCCAGGCUCCAAGAAUGGCUGCUUUGUUCUGCGGUGUGCUGUUUCGAACAUGAGAACAAAAUCCUC